AUGGAGUGGGCUUCCGAUUUUAAACCCCUCACACUGAUUGCUCUACACCCACCCGGAGUAUUUAACCUAGCCUGCCUAGUUCAUGGGCCCUGCAGAGCGAAAAACAAAUGCAUUGAUAACUCUGAUGGCACUUGCUCGGUGGAAUACGUCCCUCCAGUGCCGGGUGAAUAUACCAUUGGCAUCUGCUAUGGAAAGGACGAAGAUAAGCAGCACAUCCAUGGAUCGCCGUUCCGUGUCAUUGCCGAUAUGCCUAACGAUCCUUCCCGCAUUGCGGUCAGCGGGCUGCGACCAGAUACGUUAUUGGAAGCACGUGUUGGAAGUCCUGUUUCGUUCAGUAUCGACGCGUCGCAGACUGAAGAAGCUCCUAUCAGUGUCACUGUGCCACCCAUUUAUCAACAACCGUUGUUGGAGAGGGAAAGAGGCUCGAAACGUCUGUAUCGCGCUCGUUUCACUCCUGUCGGUGAACCUGGAUCAGUGAUACCGGUAGAAAUCAUGUACGAUGGUAAACCAAUUCCUAGCAGCCCUUAUCGUAUCAAACUGCUUCCUGAGACUGAAGUCAACAAAGUAAAAGUUUGCGGAUCGGAUGGCUUAUCGGGUCCUCUGGAUAUCGUUGCGUCGCGACCGAGCACUGCUUGCUAA